AUGUUGUCAGCAGUAUCACGAACACGUGUUUUAUCGUUGCUUGGUGCGAUCGAACGCACAAACCAGUGUUGUCCAAGUCAUGGUGGCGGACUUAAAAGUGAUUACGCCUUUGAAAUGGCAUGUUCAACAAUACGAUUCGGCCCCGGUGUUAUUGCUGAACUUGGACAUGAUCUUAAAAAUUUAAAUUGCUCAAAUAUUGCUCUAUUUACUGAUCAACGUAUACGUAAAUUAAAAUCAUUCGAAAAUGUUCUUCGUGUAUUAGAAACAAAAAAAAUAAAAUAUAAUAUUUUUGAUAAAAUACGUGUUGAACCAACAGAUACAAGUUUUAAAGAAGCCAUUCAUUUUGCAUGUCAAGGACAAUACGAUGGUUAUGUAGCUGUUGGUGGUGGUUCAGUUAUGGAUACAUGUAAAGCAGCUAAUCUAUUUGCAUCAUCACCUGAUAAAGAAUCAACGGAUUUUCUUGAUUAUGUUAAUCCACCAAUUGGUAAAGGUCUGCCAGUACGACAUGCACUUAAGCCAUGUAUCGCUGUGCCAACAACAGCCGGAACUGGCAGUGAAACAACGGGCGUAGCUAUAUUUGAUUUUGAAGAAUUACAUGCAAAAACUGGCAUAGCUCAUCGAUCGAUGAGACCAACACUUGGUUUAAUUGAUCCAAAUUUUGUUCAAUCAAUGCCAUCACGUGUAGCAGCUAAUUCCGGCUUUGAUGUACUUUGCCAUGCCAUCGAAUCAUAUACAGCUAUACCAUAUAAUCAACGAACGCCACGGCCAACUGAUCCUAUCGAACGACCAACAUAUCAAGGUUCAAAUCCUAUUAGUGAUAUUUGGUCAAUACAAGCUUUACGAUCUGUUGCAAAAUAUCUGAAACGAUCGAUCGAAAAUCAACAUGAUGAUCAUGAAGCACGUACACAAAUGCAUUUAGCAUCGACUAUGGCUGGUAUUGGUUUCGGUAAUGCAGGCGUUCAUCUUUGCCAUGGUAUGUCUUAUGGUAUAUCGGGUAAUGUACGUUCAUAUCAUGCUAAAGAUUAUCCAAAAGAUCAUCCAAUUAUUCCACAUGGUCUGUCGGUUGUAAUGACUUCACCAGCUGUUUUUGAAUUUACUGCACACGCAUGUCCUGAACGUCACUUGGAAGUUGCUUCAAUUUUAGCAACUGGUGGACAAUCAAAAAGUAAAUUUCUUAAUCAUCCGCAUAAAGAUGCUGGUAAAAUCUUAGCUGAUAUAUUACGACAAUUUCUACAUGGUGUUAAUGUUGAUGAUGGUUUAAAAGCUCUUGGUUAUACGACAAGUGAUAUUCCAGCAUUAGUCAAGGCAACAAUACCACAAAAACGUGAUUGGUAUGACCAAGAUGUACCUAGUUGUUUAUGGAUUAGUGGAUUCUUCUUUACGCAAGCUUUUCUCACCGGUGUACAACAAAAUUAUGCUCGAAAAUAUACAAUACCUAUUGAUCUUCUAGCAUUCAAUUAUGAAGUUAUGGACGAUAAAGAACCUAGUAGAGCACCUGAUGAUGGAGCCUACAUAAAAGGUCUAUUUGUUGAAGGUGCUCGAUAUGAUCGAAAAACACGUAAGCUUGCUGAGUCUCAACCGAAAAUUCUCUUCGAUACAAUGCCAGUAAUAUGGAUUUGUCCAGCAAAACGUGAUGAAUUACAACAGUCACCAUCUUAUACAGCACCUGUUUAUAAAACCACUGAACGACGUGGUGUCUUAUCAACAACAGGCCAUAGUACAAACUUUGUGAUAGCAAUGAAACUGCCAUCUGAUAAACCAGAAGAACAUUGGAUAGGACGUGGUGUAGCCAUGAUAUGUCAACUUGAUAAUUAA